AUUACCAUAUGAUUGUGCCUUUGCUCACCCAUGUGUGUGUGAGCGUUUCUUUAUUUUGAAUCAACGCACAUGCCAUAUUUAUAAAUAAAAAACAACUAAACAAGAUGCAACGCCGCAAAGGUCCGAAAUCAGUAAAUAAGCCCCCUCCAAUACAGGCAAUACCCAAGAAGACGACAUUUGAUGGCGACAACGAUAUUCAAUUCGAAUUGGAGCUUUGUUGGUGCGUACAACAACUGCAGACGGCACUAAACAGCGGCAAGCUCAACCAAAAAAUUGCCGAGGACACAGCCAAGAACUUGAAGACAUUGACCAGCAAUACGGCACCGCUAAUUAAAAAGCGGCAGGUGAUGAAGUUGGCGCUAGGCGAUUAUCGCUUGAAGAUGCAGCAGGAGGAAAAGAAGAUGCUUCUAGCUUCCAAAGAAAUUAAAUUUACACCGGCUGCUGAGAUGAACAAGAAAUCGAGUUUUGUUAAGAAAUCAGCACUGUUGACAUCGGGCAAAGAUUUUCGCUUUAAUUUUGCCGUACCUGACUCGAGCUCCACAACGACAACAACAACAACAACCCCACAAGUUCCACAAUCAGCUGUGGAAACAAAAGUUUCCAGUCUCUUUGCUGGAAGCAAUGCAACAGUGCAACCCUUCAAGUUCAAUUUUAGCAUCGAUGAUAAUGAUGCAGCCGACGAUAUUAAUCUGGCGGGAUUAGCUAUAAAGAAUUGAAUAAAGACUAAAUUAAAAUACUUGCUAAAAAUACGUUUUAUUAUGUGCAUGCAUUUUGUACAAUUCAAGAAGUGAGACGGUACAAUGGGACAAAAAAAUAUAUAUAGUUAUGUAUCGUUAAAAACUGGAAUAAUUCAUGUUGUUGCUGCUUUUGUUGUUGGAAUAUUACAAUUGUUGUUGUUGUUGAGAUAUGAAAGAACCGCCGCCAGUUUGCUGCUGAUAGACUUCAAUUGUAUCGCCCUCCUCCAUUUCUAGAGAUGUAGGCGUAUCGUUCUCGUUGAUUGGCUGGCCAUCAAAA